AUGCCGUGGUUUGAUUUGAAGAAGAAUCUCGUCUUUUACGGCGCCUACCACCGCGACCCCACAAACGUCGCCAUCCACAUCGGCUGCGUACCGCUCCUCCUAGCCACCAGCCUCGUCUUCGGCACUGAGCUGCCAGGCACAGUACAGAUAUAG